AUGGAAAAGAGGACCGAGUAUGGACUGGCUCUUUCGUUUCUGACUCGAUCGAGGCGGCCCGAUCUCGGGUUUCGUAACAGCGUUAACAGCUGUGCCCGUUACAAACGGACUGCCUCGCUCCACGUGGCGGGUGCAACUUUAGACCCGCCCGACCCGAGGGCCUCGGAAGCCCAAAAUAACAAGUGCAGGCGGUUGGUUAAUUUGGGUCACAGGAAGGACGACUGCCUGACUGACAGUCUGCUCACUGUGACAACAGCCAGCAGCUGGACACAUCGACGGCAGCCGUUUCGAAACAAGAGGAGGAGCUACUGGUUGGGACCGAACUCGUCCGUCAUGGAGACGUCAGUUGCCACCACGCUGCCCGAUGAGGUGCCGCUGAUGCAGUGGAUGUUCUACUUCCAGUACGAGCGCGACUGGGUGGUGUCGUGGCAGCCGGACUUUUGCAAACAGUCCAUGGCCAUGGCCAUCGCUCUUUGCGUCGUCUACUGUUUCCUGUGCUUUGCGGGUCGCCGCAUUAUGCGGGACCUCAAGCCUUUUGACCUAAAAGUCGCACUUGGACUCUGGAACUUGGCACUUGGUACCUUUAGUGCCAUUGGCGCUCUUCGGACUGUGCCGUUUCUCCUGGACACCAUUUACCGCCGUGGCGUGUACCACUCGGUGUGUGCGCCGCCUACCCCGCUGUACGGCCGCGGUCCCGCGGGUCUUUGGGCGACGAUGUUUAUCUUCUCCAAGGUCCCGGAACUUGUCGACACGGUCUUUAUCGUGCUGCGCAAGAAACCGCUCAUUUUCCUGCAUUGGUACCACCAUGUCACGGUGUUGCUCUUUUGCUGGCAUGCUUUCGGCACGCUUUCGGCAAGCGGGAUCUACUUUAUCGCCAUGAACUACUCGGUGCAUGCCGUCAUGUACUUUUACUACUUCCUCACGGCCUUCGGCUACCGACCGCGCUGGGCACGUCUCGUGACGAUCUUUCAGCUGAGCCAAAUGGUCGUGGGCAUUGCUGUAUGUGGCCUCAAUGUGUACUACAUGAAGCAGGGCGUGACGUGCAGCGUGGACCCGGACAAUCUCAAAUGGGGCAUCAUUAUGUAUUCGAGCUACUUUGCACUGUUCCUCAAGUUCUUCAUGGAGCGCUACCUGCUACGCAGUGCCAAGCGUUCUUUCGCUGUCACGAAGAAGAAGACGCAGUAG